GGCGGGGGGGGGGUUGGAAAGGUCCUGUCAUUUGGGGGGGGGUACGAGCGAGAGAUGCAGUGUCGGUAUGUCUGGAGACGGGGACGAUGGGGAGCUGUGUCGGAACGCCUUAGCCUUGGUCACUGAGCUGUGCUUCACCGGGAGAGCCAACAAACACAAUGAGAAGUGCGUGGAGUUCUCCUACCUCCUGCGAGGGAGGGGCAGCGCUCAUCACAUCGAGACAGAUAUCUCGGUCAGCCUGCUGUCGGUUAUCGUGACGUUCUGCGGGAUCGUGCUGCUCAGCGUAUCCCUCUUCGUGUCCUGGAAGCUGUGCUGGAUCCCAUGGCGGGACAAGGGGCUUAACCCCCAACGCAAGGACUCCCACCAUCAGCACGUCCACCACCACUCCCACCACUUCACCGACCUGACGGUGGAGAGGGUGGAGUGCGGCCCCGAGAUGCCGGAGCGUUCCUACCUGGACCUGGAGUCGUACCCCGACUCCAGCAUCAAACUGAGCCAGACCUCGCCCGACCUCCCCGUGGACAACAACUCCGGGAGUAAGAACUGCAUCCCCAACGCUCACUCCCACCAGCAGGUCUCCGCCCUGGCCCCAGCCACCAGGUUUAACUCGCUGCCCAGACCUGUUCCCCAGCAGUUGCCGAGCCCGGACACGGGGAACCAGGCGGAGGAGAAGGUCGAGCAGGUGACCAGCAUCGGGCAGAUCAAGCCGGAGCUUUACAAACAGCGCUCGGCCGACUCCGAGUCCAAGAAGCAUCAGAAGACCAGCUGCGGACGCAUCAACUUCCUGCUACGGUACACGUACGCUUCCGAGCAACUGGUGGUCAAGAUCCUCAAGGCCUUGGACCUUCCGGCCAAAGACGCCAACGGCUUCUCCGACCCCUACGUGAAGAUCUACCUCCUGCCCGACCGCAAGAGGAAGUUCCAGACCAAGGUCCACAGGAAGACCCUCAACCCCGUCUUCAACGAGACCUUCCAGUUCAACGUGACGUUUAACGAACUGCCGAGCCGGAAGCUCCACUUCAGCGUCUACGACUUCGACCGCUUCUCGAGGCACGACCUGAUCGGGCAGGUGGUCUUGGACAAUCUGCUGGAGUUCUCCGACCUGUCCGAGGACACUCACGUCUGGAGGGACAUCUUGGAGGGCAAAUCGCUCAAAGAGCGGGUAACGCAGAACUCGCUGCACAUUGCAGCUGUGCCGCGCCAGUGGCUGACGGCAGGUACCGUGGUUUGA